AUGCCAACCACUGUAGCACAUCGCAGGUACUCGCGAGGUUUGCCUAUAGUGACACACGAGGAAUUUGACAUCGACAUGGGUAACGGCAAAAUCGUAACAUGCACCUUAACAAACUCGGCCGCAGCAGUGGACAUGUGGAUCUUCCAGACAUGUCGUGUCCGUGAAGAUGUGGUUGGGCUCGAUGUGGAGUGGCGUCCUUUCGGCGAAAACAACCCUGUGGCCACUUUGCAACUGUGUGUGCGUCGUCGUUGUCUGGUUUUCCAACUUCUGCACUCAUCGCAUAUUCCUUUCUCUCUGUUGGAGUUUCUGCGCGAUCCCUCUCUGACAUUCGUGGGCGUUGGGGUGUAUGAUGAUGGGGUGAAGCUGUUGAAUGAUUAUGGUUUGGAAGUUUAUAGAACGGUGGAUCUUGGUAAGUUGGCGAUGUCGAAAUUGAGGUUAACGCAUUAUCCAGGGCUGAAGUUUUUGGCGCUUCAGGUUCUUUCUGUUGAUAUUGUGAAGCCCAAGAAUGUGACUUUGAGUCGCUGGGAUAAUCGGUGGCUUACGCCUGCCCAGGUUCAGUAUGCCUCUGUUGAUGCCAUUGCUUCUUACGAGAUUGGAAAGACUUUGAGGGCUUGGGAAGUACAAUCUGAUGCCUGA